CUCGGCUGUGCCCCGCUCUCCGGCCCCCCUCCGGGCCCCCGUGUCUCUCCUGUGAUCGCACUGACACGGCCGGGGGGUUAGAAUGGAACAGACUGAAGGCCCUAUGAGAGAAAGGGAAAGUUAAGGAUGCUGGAGCAGAACAAUGGAUUUCUCUUUCUCUUUCUUGCAAGGGAUCAUGGGAAACACAAUUCAGCAACCACCUCAACUCAUUGACUCAGCCAACAUCCGUCAGGAGGAUGCCUUUGAUAAUAGCAGUGAUAUUGUUGAAGAUGGUGGCCAGACACCAUAUGAAACCAGCCUGCAGCAAGGCUUUCAGUACCCACCUACCACAGAGGAACUUCCUCCAAUUACAAAUGGCUAUCCACCCUCAAUCAGCAUGUAUGAACCUCAAGCCAAAUACCAGACAUAUAGUCAGUAUCCCAACGGGUCAGCCAAUGGUUUUGGUGCAGUUAGAAACUUUAGCCCCACUGACUAUUAUCAUACUGAAAUUUCAAACACAAGACCACAUGAAGUUCUGGAAAAACCUUCCCCUCAACAGCCACCACCUCCUCCUUCGGUACCACAAACUGUGAUUCCAAAGAAGACUGGCUCACCAGAAAUUAAAUUAAAAAUAACCAAAACUAUCCAGAAUGGCAGGGAAUUGUUUGAGUCCUCCCUCUGUGGAGACCUUUUAAAUGAAGUACAGGCAAGUGAGUACGCAAAAUCAAAACAUGAAGGCAGAAAAGAAAAGAGGAAAAAAAGUAACAAGCAUGACUCUUCUAGAUCAGAAGAGCGCAAGUCGCACAAAAUUCCCAAAUUAGAACCAGAGGAGCAAAAUAGACCAAAUGAGAGGGUGGUUAACAUUCUAUCUGAAAAACCAAGAGAAGAUUCUUUGGUAUUAGAAGAAACACCAGUUCAACAAUACCUACCAUCCCUUCCAACAGAAGUGAGCACUGGUGUAAAAUUCCAAGUUGGUGACCUGGUCUGGUCUAAAGUGGGAACUUAUCCUUGGUGGCCUUGUAUGGUUUCAAGUGAUCCCCAACUUGAGGUUCAUACCAAAAUUAAUACAAGAGGGGCCCGGGAAUACCACGUCCAGUUUUUCAGCAACCAACCAGAGCGCGCAUGGGUCCAUGAAAAGCGGGUACGAGAGUACAAAGGACACAAACAAUAUGAACAGUUAUUAGCUGAAGCAACAAAACAGGCCAGCAAUCAUUCUGAGAAACAAAAGAUUCGGAAACCCCGACCUCAGCGGGAGAGGGCCCAGUGGGAUAUUGGCAUUGCCCAUGCAGAAAAAGCAUUGAAGAUGACCCGAGAAGAAAGAAUAGAACAAUAUACUUUCAUCUAUGUUGACAAACAGCCUGAGGAAGUUUUAUCUCAAGCAAAAAAGAGUGCUGCCUCCAAAACAGAAGUGAAAAAGAACCGGAGACCUAAAACAGUGCUGAACACUCAGCCAGAACAGAGCAAUGCAGGGGAGGCAGCUUCUUCACUGUCAAGUACUGAGAUCCGGAGACACAGCCAGAGACGCCAUACAAGUGUGGAAGAGGAAGAGCCACCCCCUGUUAAAAUAGCAUGGAAAACAGCAGCCGCAAGGAAAUCUUUACCAGCUUCCAUUACAAUGCACAAAGGCAGCCUGGAUCUGCAGAAGUGCAAUAUGUCUCCAGUUGUGAAAAUUGAACAAGUAUUUGCUCUUCAGAAUGCUGCGGGAGAUGGGAAAUUCAUCGAUCAGUUUGUGUAUUCAACAAAGGGAGUUGGUAACAAAACGGAAAUAAGUGUCAGGGGACAAGACAAACUUAUCAUUUCUACACCAAACCAGAGAAAUGAAAAAGCAACUCAGAAUGUAUCAUCUCCUGAAACAACAUCUGGGUCGACAGGUUCCACAGAAAAGAAGCAACAGAGAAGAUCAAUUAGAACUCGUUCUGAAUCUGAGAAAUCCACUGAGGUUGUGCCAAAGAAGAAGAUCAAAAAGGAGCAGGUUGAAACAGUUCCACAGACUACAGUGAAGACAGGAUUACAGAAAGGUGCCAGCGAGAUUUCAGAUUCCUGUAAACCUCUAAAGAAAAGGAGUCGCGCCUCAACUGAUGUAGAAAUGACUAGUUCAACGUACAGAGACACAUCUGACUCCGAUUCUAGAGGACUUAAUGAUUUGCAAGUAAGCUUUGGAAAGCAAUUAGAUAGUCCUUCAGCUGCUGCUGAUGCUGAUGCCUCUGAUGUGCAGUCAGUGGACUCGAGCCUAUCAAGAAGAGGAACUGGGAACAAUAAGAAAGAUACUGUAUGUCAGAUUUGUGAAAGUUAUGGUGACUCUCUGGUUGUUUGUGAGGGGGAAUGCUGUAAACACUUUCAUCUAGAUUGCCUGGGACUUUCAUCUCUCCCUAAUGGAAGGUUCCUCUGUACCGAAUGUAAAACUGGGCAGCAUACUUGCUUCUCUUGUAAGGUUCCUGGUAAAGAUGUGAAACGCUGUUCUGUUACUGCUUGUGGUAAAUUUUACCAUGAGGCCUGUAUUCGCAAAUUUGCUACUGCUGUCUUUGAGUCUAGAGGAUUCCGCUGUCCUCAACACUGCUGCUCUACUUGUUCCAUGGAGAAAGAUAUCCACAAAGCAAGCAAAGGUCGCAUGAUGAGAUGUUUAAGGUGCCCAAUUGCCUAUCAUUCAGGAGAUGGCUGCAUAGCUGCAGGAAGUCUAUUUGUGUCGUCCUACAUUCUCAUCUGUAGUAACCAUUCCAAGAGGAGCAGUCAUUCUUCCUCUACUGUAAAUGUAGGCUUUUGUUUCGUUUGUGCAAGAGGGCUGAUAGUUCAGGAUCAUUCAGACCCCAUGUUCAGUUCAUAUGCCUAUAAGUCCCACUACCUACUGAAUGAAUCAAAUCGUGCUGAGUUGAAAUUACCUAUGAUUCCUUCUUCGUCAGCUUCCAAAAAGAAAUGUGAGAAAGGUGGAAAACUGUUGUGCUGUGAAUCGUGCCCAGCUUCCUUCCAUCCGGAAUGCCUCAGCAUAACAAUGCCAGAGGGCUGCUGGAAUUGUAAUGACUGUAAAGCUGGCAAGAAACUCCAUUACAAGCAGAUUGUUUGGGUCAAGCUAGGAAACUACAGGCAAAUUCUGUGGUGGCCAGCAGAGAUCUGCAAUCCUAGGUCCGUGCCUCUUAACAUCCAAGGCCUUAAACAUGACUUGGGGGACUUUCCUGUGUUCUUCUUUGGUUCUCAUGACUACUAUUGGGUACACCAGGGCAGAGUGUUCCCAUAUGUUGAAGGAGACAAAAGCUUUGCUGAGGGGCAAACUAGUAUUAACAAGACCUUCAAAAAAGCACUUGAGGAAGCUGCAAAACGUUUCCAGGAGCUGAAAGCACAAAGAGAAAGUAAAGAAGCAUUGGAGUUGGAAAGAAAUUCAAGAAAACCCCCACCCUACAAGCACAUUAAAGCCAAUAAAGUGAUAGGGAAGGUCCAGAUCCAAGUGGCUGACCUGUCGGAGAUCCCACGCUGUAAUUGCAAGCCUGCUGAUGAAAAUCCCUGUGGUCUGGAGUCAGAGUGCUUGAACCGGAUGCUGCAGUAUGAGUGUCACCCCCAAGUGUGCCCGGCUGGGGACCGAUGCCAGAACCAGUGCUUCACCAAAAGGCUCUAUCCCGAUGCAGAAGUCAUCAAGACCGAGAGACGAGGCUGGGGCCUGAGGACCAAAAGGAGCAUCAAGAAGGGUGAAUUCGUAAAUGAAUAUGUUGGGGAGUUAAUUGAUGAAGAAGAAUGCAGACUGCGAAUCAAACGUGCCCAUGAGAACAGCAUAACUAAUUUUUAUAUGUUAACAGUUACCAAGGACCGUAUAAUUGAUGCUGGCCCAAAAGGGAAUUAUUCUCGCUUUAUGAAUCAUAGUUGCAAUCCAAACUGUGAAACUCAAAAGUGGACAGUGAAUGGGGAUGUUCGUGUUGGACUUUUUGCUCUUUGUGAUAUUCCUGCAGGGGUAGAGUUAACAUUCAAUUAUAAUCUGGAUUGCCUGGGCAAUGGCAGGACCGAGUGUCACUGUGGAGCAGACAACUGCAGUGGCUUUCUAGGAGUUCGGCCAAAGACGGCAUUUGCUUCAGCAAAUGAAGAAAAAGCAAAAAAUGCUAAGUUGAAACAGAAGAAACGAAAAAUCAAAACAGAACAGAAGCAGAUGCAUGAGGAUUAUUGUUUUCAGUGUGGAGAUGGAGGAGAGCUGGUCAUGUGUGACAAAAAAGACUGUCCGAAAGCAUACCACCUGCUAUGCCUUAAUCUGACACAGCCACCAUAUGGAAAAUGGGAAUGUCCCUGGCAUCAGUGUGACAUAUGCAGCAACUCAGCAAUUUCUUUCUGUGAGUUCUGUCCAUGUUCAUUUUGUAAAGAUCAUGAGAAGGGGGCUUUAGUGACCUCUUCACUGGAAGGCCGUCUCUGCUGCUCUAAACAUAACCCCAAAUCUCCUGUGGCACCAGAAUACUGGAACAAAAUAAGAUGCAAAUUGGAAUCGCAGGAUCCUGGAGAUGAAGUGAAGGAAUAAAUUUACAGUGUUUUUAUUUUUUAUUUUUAAUUUUUUUUUGAAAGAAAAAGGUAAAAAAGUGAAUAGGUGAUAAAAUUGAUAAAGAAGAAACUGGCAUAAUGUAAUUAAUCUAUCACCUGAGCUGGCUUUGUAAUUGUAAUGGAGGAAUUAUGUGAUUCAGACAGCCAGAGGUAGACAGUGGUAACUGGAUUUUCAUUGGUUUAUGAUAAGAGGUGGGUGGGUAGGUGACUAAAUUCUUUGUAUGUUUUUCUUGCCCUUAAAUGUGCUUCUGCAGCUGAAAAACAGACAUUACCUUGGCCCUUUAAAAAAAAAAAAUGAAAAAUGAAAAAAUACAUUUAUGUCAGUAAAUAGGAAUUUCAACUUAAAAAUAUAUUACUGAGUAUAGAAGUAAAAGUAGUCACCACUCCUUUAUUUUAAUUUUAGGGAAUCUUGAGAAAUAUGACUUAGGUAAUUUAAUCAGUGUGUUUAAAGAAAAAGUUGGGAGUGGGAGGUGAGGAGAAUGGGAAUUCCACUCCACUUCUGGAAUACUCCAGAAAAGAGUAUAUAAUAGUCUUUACGUACCUUUUUUUUUUAAUGAAACAUUAAGUUAACUUCUUGUGGCCCUUCAGGAUUCUCUGGUGGUCUUGGAAAUUAGAGUGGGAGUGGUCAGUCUGGCUGUAAACAAAAUGCCUUUUUCUAUUGAGUGUACCUCUCUGGGCUCUGUGAUAGCAUUAUUUAAGUUAUUAAUAUAAUACUUUAUUUUUUAAAAAUUACAGGAUGAUUCUACUCACAGAUUUUUAUAAGCUUUUUGUUGAUGCUAACUUUUAACAAAUGAAGUAUAUCUAUGGGUAUGAAAAGGCAGGAAGAAACAACUAUCCUUACAAUAUAUAUAGUGUUGUAGGCCAUUAAAAGAAGAUGAGAUGUAGCCUUAUGUUGGGCUAUCAGUCCCAUAGUAUGCAGAUGAUAAGCUGAGGAAUCCUGGGCAUUUUUUGUUUCCUUUUCCUUUUAGCCCCUUCCUCACUUUAAUUAAACAUUCCUUUUGUUAACUGAGUAGUCCAGCCACAUUUCUUGGUGGAAAAUAUAUAGAUGUAAUUUGAAUUGUAUUUAAGUAGUUCUUCUUAGUUGUGAUGGAUGAAUUUAAAAGGCUGUAUUUAAACAAUUUUCAUUAAUUGUUAUCGUAGUAUUUAACAUUGCCCCUGCUAUUAGGACACAAAUAGCUCUUCUAAUUUCACAGGGUAUGAAACAGUAACAUAAAUGCACUUGUUCUUUAUGAAUCAUCUGGGGAAAAACUCCCAGGGAAGUCAGUGUUAACAAAAAGUGUAGUACUCUAAGUCAUCUCUCUUACUCAUGGAAUUCAUUUAUUUUUAAGUUUCUAACAACAUGUAUCCCAGUAUUCUCCAUUGGGGGGAAAAACUAAGUCACACAAGAUUUGGUAGUAUCAUAGUGUUGAAUUCUUGUGUUUAUUUCUUCUUUGUGAGUUUUGACUGAAUAGAAGGAACUUAGAUACAUGGUAGCAUCCCUUGCCUUCCAGGGACCCAAUCAGGAAUCCAGGAAAAAAAAUAAAUUGGAUUCACCUCAUCCCUUUCAUGCACAGAGUAAUUGUACUAUUGUACGUAUUCCCUUUUCUACAUUAAUUUAGAACACUCCUAACUGAAAUAAAAUGGAAAAUAAGAAGGAAAACACCGUUUUGUGCCUCCAUGUGCAUACAUAGGCACAUGGAUACAUGCAUGUAUACUGGAUUUUAUCUUUAAAAAAACAAAACACUAUGUUUACCUUAAGCACUUGAACUACCAGCUCCCUAAAAAGACUUAGUGGUCCUCCUAUAAUUGCUUUUUUUUUUUGGGGGGGGGGGGUUAAAGGAGAGUUAAUUAACUAAAACUCAGUUCUCUAGAUUUUGCCAAUGGGCAAGAGCUAAAUGGAAAAUCUGUGUCACUGAUUGUGGUCACUAUUAACAUAAAUGACAGCUUACCAAAACACACUAGAUUUUGCUUCUUGGCAUUUAAGUAUCCUGUUAUCAUUUUUACAUUAUUUAAUCAAGUUUGUCAUACUUUUAAUUUUGUACAUGUAUGAUAUAUUUGCUUUUUUUAAGUUAUAAAUGUGGAAGAUUUAAUUUACUAUUUCAAACAUAACUCUUCUCUUGCAACAGCAUCCAACAAGAAAUCUAAUGUUUGCUUUGUAUAAUAAUGUGUUUGACUUUAGUACUACUUUAUAAUAAUCUGUUAAAUUUUUUAUAUGGUAAGCCAGGGUGUGCUUAAACACUUCAAAGACCUUAGAUUGAAAGAAUUUGUAUUUGUAUAUGGUUUCUUUGAUAUUAUCUCAGUGUUGACUUGUUUCUCUCUUUUGAGUAGCAAAGCUGUACCAAUAUUUUUUGUUGGCAUAAUUAAUAGAAAAUCAUAGACUGUCAUUUUUAGAUAGCAUAGCACAACAGACCAUAAAUAAUCGUCUUUUUCCAUUGAAUAUACCCGAAUGUUUGAAGGGUUUUUUUAAUGGAUUUGAUUUAGCAGUGCCAGUGCCAAGAGGAUGUCUUCUUUUUUCCUAGUCAUAUUUUUUUUUUUAAUGCAUCUUUAGAAUGUGAGGUUGUAGAAAAGGGGAGAGCAUAUAAGUGCACACCUGUAUCCAGACUAUAAAGUGAAAUGUUUUGAGUGACUUGAGUGUCACUUUCAAGUCUAUAGUCACUGGCAUAAAAUUUGUUGUUGUUGCCUUUCAUAAAGAAAUGAGCAAGGCAAAAUCACUAAGUUCCAGCAUUUCCUCUAUUAUUUUCUGCUUUUACCUCAUGCUAAUUAUUUCGAAGGAGGAGACAAUUUGUGGUUAUUGGUAUAAAGCUCACUUCUGAAUUAGUUGUGAUUGAAGGUGAAAUAUUGAGGAUCUUUUCCAAGACAGGGUAAAGAUAGAACAGAAUAGACUUGGUCCAGUUUCUGGGAGCAGAUGAGCUGGUUGUCAGGAUUGACUUCUAGUAAGAGUUGAUUAAUAUGAGGAUAAGUACUCAUUCUUGGCACUGAUGCCAGUGCAGCUGUGCAAAGCAGAAAAAUGAACUUUGUGGUUCUUUAAACUCUGAUAAGAAUGAAGUUACAGGAAGGGGGAGGUGAUUUUUUAAAUCAUGUGGUCAAUUUAUCUUGAAUGUGCCUCUUGAGUUUUUAAGGAAAUGAUCUGGUUUGAGUUUUAAAGCUGAAUUCCAAGAUCAUUGUGACCACCCCAAGAGGAUCCAUAGCCAAAUACACAAAAAAAACUGGUGUGCAUAUCUUCCCCCAAUCUUUUUCCCCCUCAUCUUAAAUGGGCCCAUAAAUAUUGUGCACAGUUAAAGCUACUCAGGAAUUGGAACUUCUAGUGUUCUCACCACCCAGAGGACUGUGAUAAACAGGGUGGUUGAAUGCUUGCCAGUUUUUUAGUCCUGGUGGUAAGAGUAGCUUCUUACUCUGUAUUUAGAACACAGUCAAAUGUGUUUGCAAAUACUCUAGUCUAUAUAGUUUGUGUCAUCGAAAUUGCUAUCUUUAAAAUCAUAUAAUUUCUGUGCUGCCCAGCAGAGGUCAGUAAUCUUAAAAAAAAAAAAAAAAAAAAAAACAAAGCAAAAGCCCUUUCUUUGCACUUUUAAAAUUAGUGUUGUUGCCACAUAUCAUGUUCUAAUGUGGUACAAGAAUAAAAAAAUUCAAAUGGAGUUAAUUUUUACCACUUAAGAAGUGCUUAGCACUUAAAUGCCUUCAUUAAGGGGUUACCCAUUCAAAUAAGUAAUAUUAAUAGAUUUGCCUCCAUAGUAGGGUCUUGCCCACUUGAAGUACUUCUCAUUCUGUUGGUAGGUCUAAGUAUCUCCCAGAUAUAUAAGAGCUGGGGACAUGAAGAGAUUGGGUGAGAAAUUUUCCUUUGUCCUGACCACUUUAGGGGAAAAUUUUUUUUUUUUAAAGGUCAUUCAUUGGUCUUUUUAAACAGAAAUUAAAGUGGAACUAAAUUCUGUUUUCAGGUAAAAUAAGUAGUAGACAUAUUUUUUGCUAUAAAUUGGCAGGUAUCAAAAAUAUUCAAAAUUUGUAUAUACUGAAACUUUGCAAACAAACCUUUAACUGGGAAAGUAUAGGGGCAGAAGGUGAAACAAAAUAGUGGGAAUGUUUACCACAGGUACGAAGUAGUCACUUUGACAGUGAGACCCUCUGCCUCAUUUAAUUCAGGUUUUUUGAUGUAUGUACUUGAAACUCUUCAGAUGCUUAUUUUACAGGGUUGUUGUUUUUUUUUUAAUUUAUAAAGUAGAAAGCAUUGUUUUGUAUACUGCAUUAAGAAUUAGUAGCCAAGUCUCUUACCUUCCUUAACUUGGGUGAACUUAUGAGUAGUGCAAAUGAGAUAUUCAGAGCAGAUUUCUCCAUUUUAUGUACACAGGAAAAGACUACUACAUAAGACACUAGCAUUUUAUGAUUAUUUUCUUUGUCUCUUUUUUUAUUUCCAUCAUUGUGUCAAUCCUGUUUCAUCACCACCACCUUUUUUAAUAUGUGUAUGUAACAAAAAUUUUGCACUUACAUUACACUCCUAAAAUGGGGAUGUAAUCAGUUUCAGAAACUUAUUUCCGUUUUCUGUCAUAGGCCAUUACAGAGUGACAGACUUGGGGGCUUUUGAUAUGCUUAUACUUAUAGGAAGGGAGAAAGAAUUUUAGUGAACUACAGUGGCCUCUAUAAUGGAAAUCCUUAAAAUCAUUCCCAUAUAAACAAAACUAAAAUAAAAUAAUGUCUUAAUUGCCAAAGCCAUUCACUUACUCUUUUAUGUUUUCAUGUGAUCUUUAUUGAAUAAAUAAAUCUGUUCAUCAGGGUGGGAGUGCCCACCAUUUCUAAAGUUUCUGCCUGGAAAGGAUCAUUUUUGGAACAUGUGGCUUAGCACUGGAUCUUUAUAAGAAAUUCUGAAAAGUUUAGAAAUGAACUUGGAUGAUAUUUACUUUGUCAUUCAUCUUAAUUGGUAUAUCCCGUUUGUAGUGUUAUAUUCAUAUAAAAAUCAUGAAUUUGAUUUUUCAAAUCAAAGAUGAUAAUGAUUUCAAACUGGCUAGUGAUCAGUUUUUGGGUUUUGUGGUUUUGGUUGGGUUUUUUGUUGUUAUUGUUGUUGGUUUUUUUGCAUAAAGAUAUAUAUCCAUAUUUGGGAUUGGUAUGAGACUUUAAGCCCUUUUAUACCCAUUUUGAAUGAUGUUGCACAAUAAACAGAUACCUAAAGACUCUGUUUUCAUUUCCAUGUGAUCUUUAUCUGUAAUAAUGAUCUUUGUAGAUUUGUUUUCUGUAGAUUUUAUCUAUAACAAACUUUGUAGAUUCUGUGAAAUGUUCUUUUAAUGAAAUCACUUGAGUUUUUAAUAGGAAACCAUCGAUAUUCAUUAAAGUCAAUCUCUUAUGAGUUUCUGUGACUUGGAUGGAAGCUUUUAACACUAACAAAUUAGUGUUAACUUUCCCUGGGGAUGUUCCACUGGGGUAUUACUGUAUUACGACAUGACUUGAUGUUGCCGCAUUGACUUUGAAGAUAUACAAUAUUUGGGGAGUUUUGUUGUUUGGCCUAUGUUCCUCUUGCAUAGUGUGAAACAUGUAAAGCUUGGUUAAACUGUAUAUAGAUAGCUUACUGUUUAUUAGUGUAUUUAGAAUUGCCUGUAAUAUUUAAUCUUACUGAAUUGAAUUGUGUGAUGGUAGGAACAUAUAAUUUUUGUACAUUAUAUUUACUGAGAUGUUGCCUUUUUUAUUUUACAAAUACUUUGGAAUUCAGAUGCUUUUUUGCUUCUGUGAGGAUUAAUUUGGAAAGGUUUUUAAUGACAUUCCAUUGAUUACAGAUUUUGCUUGAGAUUGACUUAAAUAAAUUGUUCUGAAUGUUCCAAGUUAAAAA